AUGUCUUCGCAUUCAGUGGAUGCUGAGGUUCUGCAGGCCUUACAAACCCUUCAGAAACACAAUUUCAAGGUAAGACGUCGUUUUCGUGCAGCAUUUUUAAGGAAGCCGAGCUUGCCUUAAAAAGAGAAGCUGGACUUGCUGAUAGUGGAAUAGCAGAAGAGUUUUUAGAAUUUAAGGCGUAAGUCUCUUAAUAUCUGGGAGUUCCGUAGCGAGACGCCAGACGACCCUAAAACAUUUUUAGCAGCUUAUGAACAGCUCAUCAAAUUCGUUGACACAGCUGCUGACCAGCACAAAGUAGGUAUUUAAAGGAGUGUGCACUGUCAUAGCUUGAACUGUCGUCUCUCCUUUACCCGGUCUUCGUACAACUUUAUAUGCGCUUGGUGAGUGGGAACUUCUGCUCCGAAGGUAUGCUGUAUCAUAUUCGAACUUCUCGCAGCCAAAUUCUUCAUGGAAAGAUUUCGACGCUUUCAGGAGGAUUAUUAUCAAGAGGACAUAAAGGUGCUGGCUUCUAUUUCCGAACCAGAUCAUCUCUUCACAAAUCCGCUUGUUGAGUCUUUUCGGGCCACCGACUUCUACGUCAGUAUUGCUUCGUCUUCCUAUGUUCUACUUCGCCGUUAUAUACGGGAACAUAAACUAUCCGUCCUACAAAGCGUUUUAAAAGACCAACUUCAUGUUGAAAGUGAGGAUAGUUAGUUAUACUGAAGUUUUAGCCAUUGAUGGGCCACCACGCUCAAAGCUUCAGCUUCACUGUCGAAGAGGGGCGCUUUUUGGUGAGGCACGCAAGGACGCCAACACGGAGCCGGUUCUUUAUGGUCUUUUAAGAGAUUCUUCUACAAGUCUUGACACUUCGGAGCCAGCAAAAAGUUCACCAAAUGACAAUAUGGAUAAUUGUGGUAAGCUUGCUCUGCGUAUACUCAGAAAUCUUUGAUAUCGCUUGUAGUGCAGUGUGGGAAGUACACCCAUACCCUCCUCGCUCUACGCGGUAGAGAUUUUUUGCUAUUUGAUAAUAUUAAUUCGUCGCACACGUAACCAUCUCCCCAGUCCGACGCCUAAAAUAUCAGAACUCUUGCCUAUUUGCAUCCCCAAUAUCUCCCCCCUUUUUGUUUACCCUGAAAAUGUCCGGACUGAGUUUCUAUUUCAAAAUCAAAUCACGAGCAAGUUUAAUGCUAAAGAAAACUCACAGAGGAAAAAUACAUACCACAUCAGGGCGCUCUUCAUGUAUGCGCACAAUCUUAUCGGUAAAUUAAGCAGGGAGAUGUCUACGGCGCCUGACUCGCCGUUAUGCCAUACUCCAGCGUUAUGGACGUGUUUCUGCGCACGUAAACCCCCCGAUUGGCCUAUUGUAGUGUUUAUUAUUUGAAUAUACAAUUAUUACAGCCAAUGGGAAAGUAUCUUAACGAUCAGAUUACCCGAUUUUUUCUCCCUAAACGCAGACGCUGAUGCUGACUUAACUCCGUCCAAGAAAAAGAAGAAGAAGGAGGGCACUUUCCCAGGUCAAAAGCCAUCUAAAUCCGGACCGGAUGACACCAAAGGUGCAUAUUCAAAAUCACCGGCUAUGGAUCGUGUCCCCCUACCAAAAGUGAGUGCUUUUUGCUGGUUCUGUUUUGCAAGGACCUCAUCAUAAUCACAUGCGGCUGUGGCUGCGACACUGCGCUUUACCCUAGGACCUACUAAACGCAACAAUUGACAUCUAAUUAAGAACUGGUCGAGAAAUUUGUGGUAAUGAAAAACCGACCACCACAGGCAUUUGGGAGUGUGUACUUUAUCACAGUUUGACGGGGCACUGUUUAUAGGCCAUUGACCUGCAUUUAGGGGGCCGCUGUACCGAGUCGCGAUUGUCACAUUCGAGUAGCUUGGAGCCACAGUUUUCUUGAACUGCGUCCAGUGCCUUACUCAGCCUGUUGUCUUUCAGGCCUUGAUAGUGUUGGCAUCAGUCAGUCUUGUGGCGUUUUGGAGCCAGAUUUAUAGGCGUGGUCCCCUCGAUUUAUUUUCUUCCCGCAGACACUCAACGGUACUGAAUAUACAGGACCAAAGUUGCCAAUCCUGUGAAAGAGAACUCCUGUCUCCAUCGCUGACUGCUCAGUUGGCGGUUUAAUGUGUGCGAAUUUUUUUAGAACUGGAAUUGGUUGAGGGCAAUAUAUUAGAAUUAGACAUCCAGUAAGUCUUAGGCACAUAGUUAUAUUUCUUAAAACCGCUAUACAACCCUAGGUACGUAUAGCUGGUAAAUAUUUGUGAAGACCUAGGAGUCCGCAAUCGAUUUACUUUUAUUUGUUGGCGGGAGUUCUGUCUUUUUGUGCUGCUCUGGACGUCCAAAGGGCGCGCAAAGUCCCCAUUUUUUAAAUUUGAGUUCGACAGCAGGACAAUACCGAUAAUAUAAAGGAUUGACAUUGUUUGCGAGAAACUUUUGAUUUAGGCUGUUGCACUUUACGAAAAAAACUUCGAGUCAAAGCCACCACCUUCCUGCUAAAGUCUCCUCGUUUUGUCUUUAGCUGAGCAAGGCGUACCUCGAUCGCAGAAGAUUCCUACGCCGGGAGAUAGCCUCGCUAAGGCGAAGUGCUCUGCAGCAAGACAGUGAUCCGGGCACCACCGCUAUUUUCUACACUGUUUGCAAUGCGCAGGCUGGCGAGUCAGCGCUUGCCAUCCGCCGUGGUGGCGUCCCCAGCAUGUCCUUCUCUGAGGACCUUGGCCUAUUGGCUGUUGGUUUUGGUUCGGGCAGGAUUCGCGUCUGGUCACUUGGCGCUGAGUCCUUGCGUCAGAUGAUGCCGCCCGACGAACUAGCACUUCUUGAUAUGGAUGACGACCGCAUACGGAGUAAGAUGCUGCACGAUGAGAAUGAGUAA